AUGGCCCCCCUGCCGACUCUGCUGUUGGUACUGCUGUUCGCCACGGCUGGCCACGCCUCCUCGCUUCCUCGUGCAGGCUGCUCGGUGGACGUGAACAGAUCCAAGAUGCCCUCCCCACAGCCGCUGCUGCUGAAGCCCGGCGGAAGCAAAGACGUGCACGGCUUCGUCACGCCGGACGCCUCGGGGGUGAUCUCGCUCAGCCAGAACCAGCAGAUCAUCGUCGCGUGUCCCGGCAACAUCGUCCAGGCCACGAAACAGCCGCAAGCGAUAGCCUCCUGUGUCUCCGGCUCCACUUUUUCCAUCAAUGGGAAGUCGUACAACUUCACUGAUCUCGCAUGCAAGUCCAAGCCGAAGCCGUCGGAGCGGAUUCCGGUCCAAUCGUGCGGGAACAGAGGACAGUACAAGGUGGUCCAGCUGGGCUUCCAGGUCGGCUCCGACUUCUACACGCUCAUCGACGCCUGCUUCGACAAUCGCUCCUACAGCACGGUGUACGACCACUUCACGAUGGUCGCCGAAAUAGGGGGCAAACAGAACGAUUCCAGCAGGCCCAAAUUGUUACGUGGCACCUUCUUCAGCAACAUUGACAUGGAGUAUUAUUACAAUAGAACCACCCAAGUCAACACGGACACCUCACUGCUAGGACUGAUUUCAGUCACGUUCUUCUACAUGAACUCUGCGCCGCAGUGGCAAACAUUCAACGGUGGCAACUGGGAGACCAUGGAGAAAAAUGUACGUUCCUAUGCUGCGAGUAACGGAACCGAGCUUGAAAUCUACACGGGUACACACGGCAUCACAACGCUGCCCAGCAAGACGAAUUACCAGACGGAUUUGUUUCUGUGUAUUGACGGCGGCAACUACAUCCCAGUGCCGAAGCUCUUUUGGAAGAUUGUGUAUAAGGCGAUUACUAAGGCAGCUGUAGUGUUCCUGGGUGUAAACAACCCGUACAUUAAGAACCCUGGCUCUGACUACUACAUCUGCAAAAACGUAUGCCCCAAUAUCACCUGGAUAAAAUGGAAGCCCAAAAGCCAGAAGAAGGGCUACUCGUACUGCUGCGAAUAUGCAGACUUCGUGAAAUCUGUGGCCGACGCACCCAGCCUCAUCGUUACCUCUCUGCUUACGUAA